AUGGUGCUGAGUGCGCGCCGGGCCGCUCCCGGCGGCGCUGGGUGGGCGCGAGGGCGGAGGGCGGCCGGCGGCCGGGAGCUUUGCCUCCAAGGCGGCAAGAAGAGGAGGGUGAACAGCCAAAACCAGAACCAGACACCCAAAGUGCUAACAGUUGCAGAAGUCCCAACUCCGGCGGCUCCCGGGGCUGGGGGCGAGGGUCUUGGGUCCUCCCGCCCUAUCGCCGGCCCCGCUCGGAGCUGCGCCGCUGCGAAAGAGAGCGGAGGGCGCGCCCGUGAAGCCAAAAUCCGCCCUCCGUGCCGGCGGCUGCGCUGGCCGCCGCUCUCCUUCCCCGGCUCGGGACCCGAGCCUCCGGCGCCGCGGUGGCCGGGGCCGGGGCCGUGGCCGCGCGCGUCCCGCCCGCCGCCUCUGCGCCGCCAGGCGAGCCAGCCCCCGGGCGGCGGCGCGCCGAUGGCCGAGCCCGCGCCGGCUGCAAGCGGGGCUCCCGCUCCCCGACUGACUGGCGCCGGGCGGGGGGUGGCCGCGGGGGCGGCGUCACCGAGCGGAGAGCGGCGGCCGGGCGGUGCCACCCGCUCCCUCCCGCUCCCCUCCCGCCGCAGCUUCGGUUUCGCGGCCGGCUUCCGGGAGGGUGACCGCGCAGGGGCCGCGCCUGGACCAGAAGUUUGUCCCGGGUCGCGGGCCGCCGGGAGUUGGCGAGCGCGGCGGGCAGGACAGCGGCCUGCGGCCCCGCGGGCGGGCGGGCGAGGCAGCUCCGAUCCCGGCGCCGGACGGCAGUGUCGGCGGGCAGGGCCGGAGGCACCGGGAGUCGCGGGGCCCGCGCUCCCCGGCGGCUGCGGUCCAGGCGAGCCGGCAGAUCCCGGGGCUGCGAGGGUCUGCGGCGUCUCCGCGCCGCGGGCGCCGCGAAGUUGGCGGGCGCCCGGACAGCUAGCUGCGGCCGGGGACACCGAGACCCCGCAGCGCACCGGCAGCCCCGCGCGACACCCGCGCUCCUGCCCCCGGAACCUCGCACCCUCUGAGCAGGACACGCUCGGCCGCUUCAUUGCGUCCCAGCCGUCCCGGGUGGGCCGGAGCGAGCCGCGGGCCAUGCACGGAAGGCGGCGGUCACACGGACCUACGUAACCUGUAACUGGCCAAAGCAGCACUGAGCCCAAAUGGAAGGCCUCUCUUCAAAAGGAAUGGAUUGGACUUCCUCUAAGGAAAGGAUGCUGUAGGAGUCCUUCCAAUGGGACAUUUCUUGUCACUUUUUUUUUUUUUCAGCAGGGGAGUUUUUUAUAAUUUUAAUCCAACCACAUGACACUCCUGUCUCUCUGAGGACAACAGUGACAUUUGCAGAAUGGCUGGUCACAGGGGUGCUAUCAAGCCAGCCCCCCUCAUAUGUCUAAAUAUUUCGACGUUAUUCAUCAAGCUGGCAAACUAUUCUAUACUAUGUUAUAUCUUCCUACCUUGACAAAGAUAACAAUACCAAAAGAUAAGAAAGCCUAUAGUUUUCAUAUGACGAAAGUCAGCAAAAUAUCAAAGACAACUGAAUAUAUCAUUGUGCGUAUCUUUAUUUUCUGUUGGUAGUCUGGCUGUAUGGAUCAAUAAUAAAAAAG